AUGUCGAGCCCACUCCUUGACGUCUGGGAGGCUGCUGCUGCCUCGCCCUACCAGCCCUCCGUGGGAAAGGACACGCAGUUCACCGUCGGCGCCGUGCUGUUGCUGCUGGCUUUCUUCCUGACCGGCGUCUUUGGCCUGAACCGCUCCGUCGUCAACCUGCCGCUUCUCGGUGCGCCCGCUUCACUGGCAUUUGGCUUCGGCGCCGUGUACAUGAUCUGCGCAGUCGGCGUCUACGUCUAG